GGAAACGGAAGUGGAGGGCGUAUCCUGUUGCCUCUUAGCAACGCUAGGGGUCAAGUGACCCAACCAGCUGACUCCGGUAGGGGAAGUUACAGUGGCUGCGGGAACUAGAACUGGCGCAGCCACGAUUGCCCGGCCGGGGACUUGAGCCGAACUGUCAUCGUCAGAAUGUCGGGCAAAGACCGAAUUGAGAUCUUUCCCUCACGAAUGGCACAGACCAUCAUGAAGGCUCGAUUGAAAGGCGCACAGACAGGCCGGAACCUCCUGAAGAAAAAAUCUGAUGCCUUGACUCUUCGAUUUCGACAGAUCCUAAAGAAGAUCAUAGAGACUAAAAUGUUGAUGGGUGAUGUGAUGAGGGAAGCUGCCUUUUCCCUUGCCGAGGCCAAGUUCACAGCCGGGGACUUCAGCACCACAGUUAUCCAAAAUGUGAAUAAAGCCCAAGUGAAGAUUCGUGCUAAAAAAGAUAAUGUAGCAGGUGUUACUUUGCCAGUGUUUGAACAUUAUCAUGAAGGAACAGACAGCUAUGAACUGACUGGUUUAGCCAGAGGUGGGGAACAAUUGGCAAAGUUAAAGAGGAAUUAUGCCAAAGCAGUGGAACUCCUGGUGGAACUCGCUUCGCUCCAGACCUCCUUUGUUACUUUGGAUGAAGCUAUUAAGAUAACCAACAGGCGUGUCAAUGCCAUUGAACAUGUCAUCAUUCCCCGGAUUGAACGAACCCUUUCUUACAUUAUCACAGAGCUGGAUGAGAGAGAGCGAGAAGAGUUCUAUAGGUUAAAGAAAAUACAGGAGAAGAAAAAGAUUCUCAAGGAAAAAUCUGAGAAGGACUUGGAGCAGCGCAGAGCAACUGGAGAAGUGAUAGAACCUGCAAAUCUUCUGGCUGAGGAGAAGGAUGAGGACCUUCUGUUUGAAUAGCCUCUCCCUUAUCUGUCUGUUCAGAAAUCCUAACUCUGGCUCCAAUU